AUGACUAAUUUUGUUCAAGAUUGCGGUGAUAGCUUGGAGGUGGGGUCUUGGGAGGUGGGGGAAUCAAAGGGGAGAAAGAAGAAGAAUGGUGAUGUUGAGGUGGAGACUGGGUGUUGGAUUAAGUUAUUUGGACGUAACCCUGUUUCUAGUUGUGCACUCGUGCAUUCUCUCACCAAACAAGUGAACUUUGUUGAAAGCUUGAAAGUCACGCUUGAGCCAUGUCAGAUUCUAGCCGAUCAUGUGAGGGCAUUACUUGAACAGGGAAAUACACUAGAUUGUGUGGAUCAAAACAUGGGAAAUUACCCGGAAGACGAGGUUUUGCAUGUUCUUAAAUUGGCAUUGGUUUGCACUUCUCAGGUACCUUCUAGUAGGCCAUCCAUGGCAGAAGUGGUGCAAACACUGCAAGUGAUCAAUACUCCAGUUCUACAGAGAUUGGAAGGAUUCUAA